CUCUUCGGUGACCAAGAAAGGUCAUAACAGGGGCACUCACAUAACAAAGACGGCAAGUGUACUUAACAAGUAAGUACCUAGGUAGAUCUUAAUUCGAAGACGUAUCUUGGCAAUUGGCUGCAACUGCAUCAUCUGAGUUGUAUAAAUUGUGAAAAAUAAUUGGUCUAAUGAAAAUAACUGCAAAGUUUUUUGAAGAUAUCAAUCAAAUACUCGUCUUUCCACGACGAGAUCUGUUCCACGCGAUUUUGGAAACAAGCAUCUGCUUGCACUUUUGCUGACGAUAUCUGAAGACUAGAGAGAUCGAACACAUGACGAGCACACAUAAAGAUGGACGGAGAACAAUCUGGUAGCACUGGCUACAAUGCUGAAAAUAGCUCAUCUGCCCAGCAGCGCCCGGACCCUGGGAACUUCAGCAUCAGCAGCUACAGCGCCAUGAUGUUGAUGAACGAGCAGGCAGGUGGCGCUUCGUCCUCCACAGCAACGGCGGGGACGAGUAGCUAUAUGGAGAGCAAGAGGAAGCUGGAAGGUACUGUUUAUCACUCGCCUCAUAUCAAACAAAGAUCGAGAACUUUCAAGAUUGUCAAUCUUUUGAUGCUAUGUAUAUUUAUAUGUUCCAGGGCGCAGGGCUGAAGGCCCCCCCCUCGAUCUAACUUUUUGAGGGAGGGACUCCAGCCCCGGACCCUUUUUCACAAGGGACAGCCGGGCGGGAAGGCCUCCAAAAGGCCUCCAAACGCCCAUCGCCGACCCCUUCCCGCUUCUCUCCGGGACCUUACCGAGGCCCUAACCCUGAGGCCGUUGAAGCACCGAGGGCCGGGGGUGGAAGGCUUCCGAAGGUGGCCAAGGUGGCAAGACGGGACCCCCUUGCCGUGGUGCAUGUGCCCUACCGACCUGGCAAAGGUGGCGAGGCUGGAUCCUGUUGCUGUGUUCCAUGUACCCUACAGGCCUCCUGUGUGCGGGCUCCUCACUGGAGGGGUUUGGAUUGGGGCCAAAGGAGCCGUGCCUUGCGGCCGUGACCGUGGCUGCCUUCGGCGGCCUUCUGCCCCCGGACGCCGUCCCUCUGAUAGGGUCCAUUGUCCAAGUGGAGCCGGGACGCCUGUGGGGUACACGCGGAGGGCCUCCAGGGGCUUCUGGCUCCGCCUUUUGAGGCCUUCCGCCCGUGAAUCCUUGCAAUGCAUGUAACCUCCGGGAAAAAAAGGGCGCGCGGACGCCGCCGCCGCUCCAUCCACGGGGGAGGGCCUCCCUCCCUGAUAAGUGCGUAGAUAUUAUAGAGCACUUUUUAAGAUGGAUGAUGGAUGAACAUGCCUGGCAUGCCUUGCAUGAGUCGAAGGGGGUCACGUUAGACUUUCUUAUGGAAGCUAAACGGGCGCGAAGACUGGUGGCGCGCCUUAAUGGGUCUUGCGCGUUGUUCUCUGCUGCUGAUCUGGAGGCUUGGUUGCGUUUUUUUGUAGUGAGUUGCUUGCUGCAUUCGUCUAGGCAAGGCCCGCCUACGUUAGCCACCCGCGCCCCCCCUCCUCAGUGCGGCUGGAGCACGCAGAGCGCCUGGAGCCUGUCUGCGCUUUCUUUCAAUUUGCUUAGACGUCGGGCCUUUAAUUAGGCUUAUCCUGAGAAGUAUCUGCAUGGCUCUUGUGGAUUAAGGUCGGGCUGACUCGGGACCGGGGUCUCAGUUGGGUCGUGGGCUGUGUUUGUGUUCGUGCCGUUGCGUAGCAACUAAUUCUUCAGCGACGCAAAGCGGUACUGCGGACGAAUUAUGGCGCCUCGGGCGCCGCGAAAAAUUCAACGUUUUGGGGAUGGUCCAUCCAUGCAAGGCUUGUCAUCCAUGCCAUGCAGCCCACAACUUCAAGCAAAAAAAUACUUUAUAUGAGUAUCAUGCGCGCAAUGUCUAAAUUCCAUUUUUUUUCAGGUAUAACAUCUACCAGCACCUUUCCCGGUUCAACAUCGAAGAGCCUGCUUGUACAGAAGAGCAGCACUGGUGAGCUGAAUUCCGUGAUUUUUGAAUCCGCGACGUCUGCUGUUGCUGAUGGCGUCAUAUCCCCUUCCCGAGUAGCGCGAGCCUCAUCUUCGCCGGGACCUGAUACGACACCGCUAAAAUCUUGUCCGCCGCCUCCAGCCAUGCACGCCAAAGUCCCUCCAACACUGUCCGUCGAUGACGGUUUUACACUACCAGAAACCGAAUUCGCACUCUGCCUUCGGACAGGUAGGAUUCGUUAUCGACGUAGAGGGGAAAGGCGGAACUCGGCACCAGCAGAAAUGGAAGCAUUUUCUUUGGUAUUUUUAUUUAGGUUCACGUUCUUUUUUAGUUCUUCACGUUCAAUAAUACAGCGACCGCAGCAUGGCCUUAAGCCUGUUCAAAUCAGCAUGAUUUGCGGGUCAAUCUCAACAAAAUCGGAGAUGAAAAAACGCGACCAAAAAUUUUCAGGGCGCAUCGCCUUCACAGGGUAACCAGAACAGUCCCCCUUUAGCAGGUGGUCCGAUUUUUUGGGAAAUGAGUGCCGACGGAUACUUGGAGCCUUGCCAAAAGCAGCUCAGCCCGGCACGCAUGUCAGCGGGCUUGGCUUCCGCACCAAAUUCUGGAGAGUAUGUAGACGCACCGAUGUCCUACGGAGAUGCAUCGACCCUUAGCUAUGCGAGCCUUGGAGGGACGAACUCGCACGGAACGCCAGGCUUUGGAGAUGGAGCUUUGACGGACGGUAGUUUUGGUCCGGGGUCGCGCAUCCUAGGCCUCUACUCUUCGAUCAACAGAACAGGUGGCGCGGAUACCUUAGGUGCAGACGAGGCGGGACUGGGCCUGCACGAGAAUGUCCUCUUUUCUACGAUGCAGAGCUGGGCAGGCGAAGCCGCAAGGGCAAGCAGGAGGGCGCAGGACUCGAGAGCAGGUGAACCCAUGCAGACCUUAGAUGAAAGCGAUGCUGUGACACAAAGAACUUCGCCGCACCGUUCCCGAGCAGAGGCGCAAAGCUUGGAUAGUAGAAGAGACGCGCCGGGCGCUUGUUGGGGUGGAGGAAGGAGUCCAAAAAAUCGAGGCUGUUGUGGGUAG